UUGGAUACAGUGGGGUGACUGGAAGGUUGGAAUAUUCACAGUGGUCGGAGAAAAAGGAAAAGGAAAAGUGAAUUAUUGGUAGUUUUUAUGGUGGUUGUAUGGUGGUUGUGAUUUUAUUAUUGUAUAAAACAAACAACAUUGCAAAACAAAGGGAAUUACAUUCUAUUCUUUUCCGAUCCGUUCCCUUUGUUUAAGUCAUUCCCUUUCCCUUUGAUGAACUAAACAAUCCCUUAAUUAAAUCUUGCUAAAAUCAAUUAAACCUAUUUAAUCAACAAAGAAAAAAAAACCUAUUAAUAAACAAUUUCAACGGUUUUUAUAAAUGGAAACUUUGAGUCAAUAAAAUGAUACUUAAAAAAAAUGAAUUGGUUAAACAAGUGGAUCUCUCAAAUAGUCAAAUUCCUCUUAACAAUAUCGCAUACAUCAAUUAUUAUUCUUUUAAGCCGCGUAAACUUGCAUGCUCAGCCAAUACUAUAUAAAGGGUGUCGAUUGCCGCAAAGAAAAUACAAUCAAACCAUCUAUACAACCUACCUUUUACUUCUCUCAUUUAAUCCACCAUUUGUACCACCUAUUUCUAGCUUCUAAAAAAAUGAGAAACCUUUCGUUUUUCUUUGUCUUUUGUCUCUUAUCGUCUCUCUCACAUGCUAUAGAACUCGACUUUUGUGUGGGAGAUCUUAGUCUUCCUAGAGGGCCUGGAGGAUAUGCUUGCAAAGAUCCUGCUGAAGUCACAACUGAUGAUUUUGUUUACACAGGUUUCCGUGGUGAAAAAAACACCCAAUAACGUAUUUGGGAACAAUGUGACACUAGCAUUUUCUGAUGUGUUCCCGGCCUUUAAUGGUUUAGGUAUAUCUAUGGCUAGGUUAGACUUCGCUGUAGGAAGAGUGAUCCAAGUACAUUCCCAUCGUACGUCAGAAGUUCUUCUUUUAGUGAAAGGCUCAAUUAUAGCAGGAUUUAUUGACACCAACAACACAUCAUACUAUAAAAGAUUAGAGGUUGGUGAUGUCAUGGUGUUUCCACAGGCCAUGCUUCACUUCCAAAUUAACGUUUGUAAAACUCCGGCUACUGCCCAUGUCAGUCUGAAUGGUGCAAACCCUGCAUUACAACUCACUCCUACUGCUUUAUUUGCUGGGAAUUUAUCUGCUGACAUUGCCCAGGAUAUUACACUUUUGAGUCGUAGGGAAGUUAUGCGGAUGAAGCAAAUCUUUGGCACAGCUUGAUAUCCAUCUUUAACUAUUCCUGGGUUCUUAAUACUUAUUUCUAAGCUCUCGAUUUAUUUCAAUGUCCAACACAAUUAUUUAUAAAUUUGUUAUAAUAAAGGGUAUAUACAUAGCCCACUUUACAUGUUUCGUAACAACAAAGUAAUUGUAAAAUUCUAUA